AUGGCCAUUUGUAGACACAAGGGUUAUCCAAAUCUUUUCAUCACAUUCACAUGUAACCCGAAGUGGCCUGAAAUACAGAGAUACAUGAAGAAGUGCAACUUAAAUGCAGAGGAUAGGCCUGACAUUGUUUGUCGGGUCUUUCAAAUGAAGUUGGAUUCAUUGGUUAAGGAGAUACGCACGGGAAAUCUCUUUGGUGUCGUAACUACAGUUGUUUAUACUAUUGAAUUCCAGAAGCGUGGUUUACCACAUGCACACAUUCUUAUCUUCCUAGAAAGAACCACUACAUUGUCUACAGCAUCAUGUAUGGACAGUUUCAUUUCUGCUGAAAUCCCAGACAAAGAAGUGGACAAAGAGUAUUACAAUGCUGUGGAAGAGUUUAUGAUUCAUGGACCAUGUGGACUUUACAAACCUAACUCGCCAUGUAUGGUGAACAAGAAAUGUUCAAAACACUUCCCGAAGAGAUUUGUGGGUGUAUCUUCUUGGGACGAUGAUGGCUACCCAAUCUACCGUCGUCGUGACAAUGGUAGGACUGUCCUGAAGAAUGGUGUCCAAUUAGAUAGUAGGGUAACAGCAGAGUUUUAUAGGAGUACAACUGCUGAUGGGUCAACCGAUGCUGUGGACGAGAUCGGUAUGUAUUACGAUUAUCGCUACAUAUCAGCAUGCGAAGCUGCAUGGCGACUACUUAGCUUCGAUGUGCAUUUCAGACACCCUUCUGUUGAAAGACUAAGCUUUCACCUGCCGGAAUGCCAGUCUGUUAUAUUCGAGGAUGAUGACAAGAUACAAAACGUGCUUAAUAGGCCGACAAUAAGUCAUAGCAUGUUCACUGCUUGGUUUGACGCUAACAAGACAUAUGAGGCUGCUAAACAGUUAGCUUACAUUGACAUGCCAACGAAGUUUGUGUGGAAGAAAGACCUCAGACAGUGGCAUCCAAGGAAAAGGGGAUUCUCAAUUGGUCGGAUAUUUUACGUGCCUCCAGGAAGCGGUGAGAUAUAUUACUUGAGAUGUCUGCUCAAUGUUGUUCGAGGUCCAACCAAUUUUGAAGACAUCAAGUCCUUUCAGGGUGUCACAUACACAAGUUUUCGAGAUGCAUGUUAUGCAAGGGGGUUGUUAGACGAUGAUAAAGAAUACAUUGACGCAAUUACUGAAGCAAGUCACUGGUCCACUGCCAAAUCAAUGCGUAAACUCUUUGUCAUUUUACUUACAUCCAAAAUGGUCAAUAAGCCGGAAAAUGUGUAG